ACCGAUUAUCGCAUCACAGAAAUCGAUAGCAUCUAUGUUGAAAUCGAGUUGUUCACAUUUCUAACGUCAGGGACGAUACGGCAUGACAAGGCACUUUUAAUUCCUAAAGCAGGUGAAAAUAUUUUAUUUCUUCAAAUAACUUUGGUUGUUGCUUUUUACGGAAAAUCUUUGGAGAUAUCAGACGCAAAAACUUAGAAAAUUUUCAAAUUUGACUUACAGAAUGGCGGAAAAUAAUGUGGUUGCUCCGGAAACAAAGCUUAAUGAUUAUGUAAUAUGUCCAUAUGACAGCACCCAUCGUCUGAUUCCGAGUCGCCUUACCAGGCACCUUAUACGCUGCGCACGCAACUUUCCUUCCACCAAAAAGGUUAGACAUCCAUUUAACUCCAACCAUAUCCACUCCGUGGCCGAGAUGAAAGCGAACGUCGAAACUUGUCCCGAUCGCUCGAAGAUGGAAUACUCUAGAAAUCCGUUGAAGCUGCCACAGGAGGAACCAAAGCUUCCCAAUUUCUGUGUGGAGUCUACUGAGGACUGGGAUGCUGAGCCGCCGGCAGGGACAUACAAUCCGCAGGAUCAUUGUGAAAGGGAAUUAAUAAUCCGCAAUCCCCAGGGAAAUCCGCCGGCGGCUCGCCGCGAGUUUCGUGAACGCGAGCGCCGUCGCUUCAACGAAAACAACCCAUUUUAGAAUUUAAAAUUCUUUAACAUAUCGAUCAAACAUUACUAAACAUACUAAUAAAAUCAAACUAGAGCUUGGAA